GUUUGCUCACAGACAAAAUUACGCUCUCCUCCGACUGAUACAGCUAAAAUUUAAUAUAAAAAUACGUUUUCUGGCUUAUCCUUGAUUGUUCAUUCCAGCAAGAGACUAUCUUCAAAUAAUUUCUCAGGUAUACAACCAGAGGUAAUGGAAAAUGGCAGAAUAUAAUGAUUCAGAUCUGAAAGGUUUGAUGGACGUGUUUCAAGUAAAGUCAGAAUUCAUUGAAGAUGAUGUGGAACCAGAAGAAGACAGAGAUAUUGUACAUAUCCAAGCAACAGCAGAUACCAAAGGAGAGGAUGACAACAAACACAUACCAAAUGAAGAACCUUCUCCUGAUGUGGACAAUGGAGGAUAUAUCAUGGUUACUGAAGAAAAAGAUGGACCUGAUGAUGAAACUGCAAUCAUAGAACAAGAUGGUAGCUUUAUGGGAGAAGAAAGUGAUGAUAUGCAAGCUGCAUUUGAUGCUGAACCAGAAGAUUUAAGUACUUUGGGUUCAAUGACAGAUCAGGAUCCAGAUGCCGGACCCAGCUCAUCAUUGCUUUACAAUGCUCUACGUCCUGGAGGAACUGUAACAAUGCAGCCUAUUGGUAUGGGAGGUAUUAAGAAAAAAUUUGAUUGUCGCUGGUGCAAAGCAUCAUUUACAAAGAAAACUAGUUUAAGAAGGCACAUGAACCUUCAUAGUGGGAGUCGCCCAUUUCAGUGUCCAUUCUGUGAAUACAAUGCAACAAGAAAGGAUCAGUUGAAAACUCAUAUUAAAACUCGUCAUACACGAGAUAGCUCUAAGCAGUUCACUUUCAAAUGUCCCCUAUGCAGUAACAUGUUUCAGAGUCAGAGGAGAAUGACCCUUCAUAUGCGAUCUCAUCAAUGGGAUAAUUUCCCUUGUGAUUUAUGCCAUAUAAAAUUCAAAUCUGCUCAUGAGCUUGUACAACAUCUGAAGCGUAGGCACCCAGAUUCGGGUUCAGACCCAGGAAACUACCCUUAUGUUUGUGAUGUGUGUCAUCGCUGGUGCCAUUCUAUAGAGGAGUAUGUUGAUCAUAUUCAGACACACCCACAAAGAUCCUUGGAGUCUCCUGAUUCUAUAGGUGAUCGUGCCUCACCCGGCGAUGCAAGUCAUUCUAAUGGCCAGUCAAGACUGGCAAGAAUGAGUAUCUUAGAGCAAGCACUUUCCAAAGGUAAUGCAUCACCGACAUCUUCAUCAAGGAAUCGUUUUCCCAGUGAAAGUAGUAAUAGUUCUCAGAGGCCUUGUCAAAGACCUGAAUCCAAACUAUCAGCUAAUAGUUCAACAUCCAGUAAUCAUGGGAAUCAAACUAUCUGCCAUCCAUCUAGCCAGGGUGCUCUUACAUCUGCAUCCAUGCUUUCAAGAUUACUCCAAGGGGGACAGGUACAAAGUACAGCUUCAAGUACCAGCAAUGGCCCUUACAUUAUGAAAGCUGUUUCUCUGAACGAAGGCAGAAAUGUCCUUCGCUACCCUCAAUAUCCAGUAAGAAAUCAGUCACCUCUGUCUAACUCUUCAUCUUCACGUAUGCCUCAUAAUGUAGUGUCGCCAACAAUCAGCAGAGAUUCUCGUGAAAGUUUAGAUGCUCAUUCCCCUCAGCUGUCCUCAAACAGCUCUAUAUCCCGCAGCCGUAACAAUAAGAUGAUGGACAGUUCAACUCAAGAUGAAGUGAUGCGAUGCGAGCAUUGUCAUACAAUCUUUGCCGAUAGUAUUAUGUAUGCCAUUCAUAUGGGAUGUCAUGACUGGCAGGAGCCCUUUAGGUGCAAUAUAUGUGCAUUCCACUGCGCUGAUCGCUAUGAAUUUAUGUCUCAUAUCACAAGAGGCCUGCAUCAGAAAAGAUGAAAUUCUCCUAUAGGUACAUGUAGGAGAUACCCUUUAGUGUUUGAUUUUUCAUAAUGAUUCACGGUAGAACAAAUGUGGAACUGUAUAUAAUAAAGUUGUUUCCAUUUGCAUUGAAAGAUUAUUGUGUAAUGUAAAAAAAAAAUCAUUAGUUAAUGAGAAAUAAUUUAUUAAUUACUUUGUUUCACUUGUACAUGUAAAAAUAUGCGUACCUCUAUGUAAUUUUUAUCAUGGGUAUUAUCGGCAACGAUUUUACAAAUGAGAUCGGUUUUUAGUGUGAAUGUAGGUCCAGACGCGGAGGAUACGAAUCCAAUUCUCAUAGAACAUUGGAUUCGUAUCCUCCCAGUCUUCAGACAUCUUUGAAUUAAUUUUUGAAAUUAUUUUUUUAAAUAUUUGUUGGCAUCAUCUGUGCCUGG